GGACUUAUGGCUUUCAUAAAGAUUAGGUGUACCACUAAUAACAGAUAAAUAGCACUCACAACGAGAACAGCACAAACAGGAUAAUAACUCACUGCUACGAGGCACAUUUCACAGUAAAUCACAGACUACAAUACUAAACACCGAUUUAUUCAAACGGAAGAAGAUGAAGGCGCUGGCAUUGCUCUCACUGAGCCUCGCAGUGGCUCUGGGAAGGCCACCAUUUGAUUCACGAGUUGCACCGAACCCUGUGCUGACUGGAGACAACCAGAGCCCUCUGCUGGGAGACUGGGUUCCUGUGCAGGGUCAUGUGGUGCUGGAGGACCCUGCACCACAAGUCCGGCCUCGCUUUGAGGAGCAACAGGUAAAACCAGCUCCAGUAAAUCUGAAUCCAGAGGUUAAGGCUGAAGUAAAAGUUGACGUGAAGCCAGAUGUUGAGAUGGAGCCAGAGCUCAGCAAUAACCCAGACUUUAAGGUGGAGCCAGAGGUUAAGGUGGAGCCAGAUGUUCAAGAGGCAGAAUCAGAAGAGAGGCACAUUGAUAUGGAGGACAAAUCUGAAAUGGCGGGUGAACCAAUCAUGCAGCAGGAGCCACUGGAUGAAGACAAUGUGUCUGAAGCAAAUCAGAAUCAAGAUCCUGUCAAUCAACGUCUCUCAGAGGAGGAAGAGGGGCUUAAAAGAGAGAAGACCUACGUUUUAGAUGGAGAACCAACAAUGGAACUGGAAAACCAACAAGUUGAGGAUGUGCCAGAGCUCAGCGAUAACCCAGACUUUAAGGUGGAGUCAGAGGUUAAAGUGGAGCCAGAUGUUCAAGAGGCAGAAACAGAAGAGAGGCACAUUGAUAUGGAGGACAAAUCUGAAAUGGCGGGCAAACCAAUCAUGGAGAUGGAGCCACUGGAUGACGACGACAUGUCUGAAGAAGAACUGAGCAACACAGAAAAGUCUUUAAGGGCAGCAUUUCAGCAUCAAGAUCCUGUCAAUCAAUAUCUCUCAGAGGAGGAGGGGGGGCUUAUGAGAGAGAGGACCUACGUUUUAGAUGGAGAACCAAUCAUGGAGCUGGAAAACCAACCAGUUGAGGAUGUGCCAGAGCUCAGCGAUAACCCAGACUUUAAGGUGGAAUCAGAGGUUCAAGAGACUGAAGCAAAAUUGAGGGACAUUGACAUGGAAAGAAGAUAUGAAAUUGUUGGCGAGCCAAUCAUGGAGCUGGACCCACUGGAGGACGAUGACAUUUCUAAAGAGGAACUGAGAGAAAUGGAGCUUUUAGAAGUGGAAACGUCUUUGAGGACGGCAUAUCAGAAUCAAAAUCCUGUCAAUCAACGUCACUCAGAGGAGGAAGAAGGGCUUAUAAGAGAGAAUACCUACGUUUGGGACGGAGAACCAAUUUUGGAGCUGGAGACACUGGAGGUUAAAGUGCAAGAGAACUUUGAGGAAGGGGGUGAAGAAGGGUGGGAGAAUGACAUUGAGCGUAAAUAUGAAAUAGUAGGCGGGCCAAUCAUGGAGCUGGAGCCAUUGGAUGAUGACAACAUGCAUGGAGAGAAACUGAGCAGCAGGUCAGAAGUUAACACAGAGAGAAAAUAUGAAAUAGUGGGCGGGCCAAUCAUGGAGUUGGAGCCAUUGGAUGAUGACAACAUGCAUGGAGAGAAACUGAGCAGCAGGUCAGAAGUUAACACAGAGAGAAAAUAUGAAAUAGUGGGCGGGCCAAUCAUGGAGUUGGAGCCACUAGAGGAUGACAACGAAGCUCAAAAGGAGUUUCCGGUGCAAAUGAACCUUGAGGAAGAGACUAAAUCAAACCAGGAGACUGAAGAGAAGCACAUUGACAUGGAGGCAAGAUAUGAAAUGGUGGGCGAGCCAAUCAUGGAGCUGGAGGCAUUGGAUGAUGACAACAUGCAUGGAGAGAAACUGAGCAGCAGGUCAGAAGUUAACACAGAGAGAAAAUAUGAAAUGGUGGGCGAGCCAAUCAUGGAGUUAGAGCCACUGGAGAACAAAGACACGGAGCAGACAGAAGAGGAAGGAGGGCCAGCAUUGGACAUCUUUGGGCAGCCGAUGAAAACUUCAGAGGAGUAUUUCCCAAAUGAAGAUGCUAGGAUGGGCUCUCCCAUGGUGGAUGGGUCCGACUAUUUGAUGAUGGAUGAAACAGCGAGCGAGUUUGUCCAAACAGACCAGAUGUCCCAAAUGGCAGCAGACAGUCCUGUGAUUAAUCAUGUAAGAGAGCCAAGGGCAUUUAGGAGGCAGGCUGUAAACAAUCCUGAAGAAAGAAGAUCACCAAAACACAACAUGCAAGGGCAGAGCUGUUCCCCUGGUGUGAUGAUCGAGGGGAAGUGUCACCAGUUCUUCAAAGAGCCAAAGAAGGCUGCAGAUGCUGAGUUCUUCUGCCAGGAUCAUUUCUCUGGAGGUCACCUGGCCUCCAUCCCCAGCCCUCACGUCCACAGAGAGGUGAUGAACCUGAUCCGGCAGAACGGAGGUCUGACUCGCACCUGGGUCGGAGGGCUGAGAUAUUUGGAGACCGGUCGCUUCAUCUGGUUGGACGGCUCUCACUGGGGCUUUGCUGAUUGGCUGUCAGGGGAGCCCAACAACACGUCAGAUUUGGAGGACUGCGUGGAAUUGCUGCCACAGGGAAAUGGAAAGUUCAAUGACUUCACCUGCUGGGAACCUCAGGCUUUCAUCUGCUCCUAUUAAUGGAUAUACAGACACACCUCAUAUCUUAUCUAGUCCUUGGGCUGAUAUGAUGAAGAGUUUGCUACCUUUUCCUUGAGUUUAAAAUCAUAUCUUGGGAAUACAAUGGACUGAAUGAAAGAACCAUGAUAUCAAUUAUUGAAUAAAACUGGAAAAUCAGGACUUGUGAGCAUGUUGUAUAUUAUAUUCAAUAUUUGUUUUUUGAUAACAAGCUAUAUCCUGUAAAUAAAACACCAUAAUGUGU